AUGGCCACUCCCAUCCAAGGUCCCCCAGGGCACAGUCCCCGUCUCUCAAACCUGCCCCUUUUCUGGUUGGGAAAUGCUCCCCAGUUUUCUACUUCAGCUGCUUCCAUCUCACCCCCUCCAUACCCUCCCUCUUUUCAGACAACACAGCAUAAUUCCUCCAAAGAUGUGUUUUCACAAAACAAAAGCCAGGAAGGGGAGGAUGGCUUCUGGGUGCUUGGCAACAGCAGCCUGCAGCUCAGGCUCACCCAGCAACACAAAGGCCUUUGGGAACAGAACAAAUGCACCAACGCCGGGCUUCCUCCCACGCUGGGGGCCCGUCUGCCUGCUGCAGGAAGAGCAGGCGCGUGGGAAUAG